CACACAAGUUUUACCCAUACAAUUUUCUUGGUUCAGAAAGCACCAGCUACUUCCCACAACAUCCCAUCACUCAUGGCAGUUUCUACACCUCAAAAGCCUUCAUCAAUCUCAAACUCCUUAUCUUUUCUUCCAUUUCCACCCAUUGCAGUAGACACACACACACACACACACUCUGCUUAGUUCUCUUAAUUUUAUGAUGGAAGUAGAGCCCAAAGUCAGGAGAAAUUCCAAUACCCAACUCCUAGAAGAGCUCGAAGAGCUCAGCCAAUCCUUAUAUCAAUCCCACACUUCAACCGCUCGAAGAACCGCCUCCCUUGUUCUCCCUCGAACUUCAGUUCCUCCAAUUUCAGCACCUGAUGAGAUUGGCACAGCUAAAAAUGAGGAGAAAAUCAAUCCCAAACCGUGGUCAAGGCGUCUGUCAUUGUCCCCGUGGCGCUCUAGGCCUAAGCUUGAUGAUGAAACCGAGCAGAACAAGCGAAGCCCUGGUGUUCCCAAUCAGAAACAGUCCAAUAAUUUCAUGGAAGACAAAGCAGCUACAGAAAAGAAAGGACUUUGGAAUUGGAAGCCAAUCAGAGCCUUGUCCCAUAUUGCAAUGCAGAAGCUGAGCUGCUUGUUCUCUGUUGAAGCUGUCACAGUCCAAGGCCUCCCGGCUUCCAUGAAUGGUCUUCGCCUUUCGAUUUGCAUCAGAAAGAAAGAAACCAAGGAUGGAGCUGUUCACACAAUGCCCUCAAGGGUGUCUCAGGGGGCUGCUGAUUUUGAAGAGACCCUCUUCAUCAGAUGCCAUGUUUAUUGCAGCCCUGGCAGUGGAACACAGCUCAAAUUCGAGCCACGUCCAUUUCUGAUCUAUGUGCUUGCAGUUGAUGCAAAAGAACUUGAUUUCGGAAGAACAACCGUGGACUUGAGUCGCCUGAUUCAGGAUUCCAUAGAGAAAAGUCACGAAGGUUCGCGAAUUAGGCAGUGGGAAACAAGUUUCAAUCUAUCAGGGAAGGCAAAAGGAGGAGAACUUGUUCUGAAAUUAGGAUUUCAGAUUAUGGAGAAAGAUGGGGGCAUUGGGAUUUAUAGUCAGUCCGAGGGACAGAAAUCCAGUAAAAGUAGAAACUACUCAUCUUCUAUUGCCCGCAGGCAAUCAAAAUCAUCCUUUAGUGUUCCUAGUCCGAGGUUGUCAAGCAGAGCAGAAGUUUGGACACCCUCACAAGCACGAGCAACCGGAGAUAUUCAAGGCAUGGAUGACUUGAAUCUUGAUGAGCCGGCCCCAAUACCUUCACCAUCAUCAUCAUCUGUUCAGAAAUCUGAAGAACCAGGGUCGAAGCCAGAAGAUAUAGAUAUUCUUGAUUUCGAGGUUGUUGACAAAGGAGUUGAGAUACAAGAGAAAGAUGAGUCCGAGGAAGGACAGUCUGAAGAGUUGUCUGACAAAAGGUCGGUCUCAAGUGAGGUUGUUAAGGAAGUUGUGCAUGAUCAAGUCCAUCUGACAAGAUUAACGGAGCUUGAUUCCAUAGCUCAGCAGAUAAAAGCUCUUGAAUCUAUGAUGGGAGAGGAAAAGCCUUUCAAAACAGGCCAAGAAUCCGAAUCACAAAGAUUGGAUGCAGAGGAAGAUGCAGUGACAAGGGAAUUUCUUCAAAUGCUUGAGGAUGAAGACGCUAUUACCAAGGAAUUCAAAGUCACACAAGUGGAUAUCCCUCUUCUGAAGUUGGAAGGAGUUGAGGAUUCUACAGAAGCAGAAUCAAAGGUGUUUGUCUCAGAUCUAGGAAAGGGCUUGGGGUGUGUGGUUCAAACCAGGGAUGGAGGUUACUUGGCUGCAAUGAAUCCUCUAGACACUCAAGUGGCAAGGAAAGACCCUCCAAAACUUGCAAUGCAGAUAUCAAAACCAUUGGUUCUUCCAUCAAAUAUGAGUGGGUUCGAGUUAUUUCAGAGGAUGCCAGCUAUUGGGCUUGAAGAACUCAGCUCUGAGAUCUUUUCCAUGAUGCCCAUAGACGAACUCAUAGGUAAAACAGCAGAACAGAUAGCUUUCGAAGGUAUUGCUUCCGCAAUUAUCCAAGGGAGGAACAAAGAAGGUGCCAGCUCAAGUGCUGCUCGCACUAUUGCCUCAGUUAAGACCAUGGCAUCUGCAUUGAGUGGUGGCAGGAAAGAGAGGAUAUCAACCGGCAUUUGGAAUGUGAACGAAAACCCAUUGACGGUGGAUGAGAUUCUGGCUUAUUCAAUGCAGAAGAUAGAGGCAAUGUCAGUUGAAGCUCUUAAAAUUCAGGCAGAAAUGUCGGAGGAAGAUGCCCCCUUUGAUGUUUCCCCACUGGACAAAAAAGAUAAAAAUCGCCCAUUGGCAUCUGCAGUUCCACUAGAAGAUUGGAUAAAGAAUCACAGUGAUGUUACUUCAGAUAAUGAAAGCAUCACAAUAUCAGUGGUUGUACAACUGCGCGAUCCUCUGAGACAGUACGAGGCGGUUGGAGGCCCCAUGAUAGCACUAAUACAAGCAUCAUGUAUUGACAUCAAAUCUGAUAAGUAUGAUGAGGAAAAGAAGUUCAAAGUAGCAAGUAUGCAUGUUGGUGGUUUGAAGGUAACGACUAGAAGAAAGAGGAACGUGUGGGAUACUGAGAAGCAGAGGCUGACUGCAAUGCAGUGGCUGGUGGCAUAUGGAUUGGGGAAGGCCGGGAAGAAAGGGAAACGCGCGCUGUCGAAGGAGCAGGAUUUAUUGUGGAGCAUUUCGUCGCGGGUAGUGGCUGAAAUGUGGCUCAGAUCAAUGAGAAAUCCAGAUGUCAAAUUCACCAUGUAAAUAUAAUUUCUUUCCUCCAUACAAAAUCUGAAGUCCAACAAUUCUUGUAUGCAUAUACUUAUAAUCCUCCUGCAAUCUAGGCUGAAAAGCAUGCAAUGAAGACAAGAAGAGAAAAGUGCAUGCUCCAGUUUGGAGAGAGCUCUGCAUUGGGUCCCUAAGGGCUGUAAUUGUGUUGCCCAUGAGCUUAGUCAAUGGGCUCUUCAUUGUAUUUAAACUGAUGUUGAAUGGGAGGUGUGGCCUCUCUGGAUUUGCCUUCACAUUGAUAUAUAUAUAUAUAUAUAUAUUAUUAUAUUUUCUUGGUGUUAA